CUGGCACGCCCACCUGAGCCGUUCCUGCUGACCACAAGCACAUGAUUAUUGGUGUUUACCUGCAGCAGCUCGCUGCCACGACGCACCAUGGACGUUCUUAUACAGUCCCUCAUAUUCUGACCUUCACAGAUUUAAUUAAUUACUGUUUUAAGCGUCGAAGAGACCCCGAAUCCUUUUCCUGGACCCAGUGUGGAGCUGUGUCGAGCCGAGGAAGAAGUUAUCGUUAGCGCUGCUCUAUGCUGCUGUGGACCGAAGAGCUCCACUGUGCUCCCCCAGCAAGCUAACAGGAGAGCUGGAAAGCUCUGCUAUUGUGAAUCACACAUGCACUCCUGAAUUACAUCCAUUUCCUUGUCAUGGGGGUCAUCGAGGAGACCGAUGUGGAGCAGGUGACCCUGGCCCUGCUGGAUGCUGCCAAUGACAAAGAUGCAGGUGUACAGGAGCAGGUUCGGAAAUCCAUCCUGACGUUAGGGAACCAGCAGCCAGAUAAAGUGCUCUCCAUAUGUCAGGACUACCUGGUUAAACACUCCAAGCUAGUAACAGGGCACAGAGUGGUGGUUCUUCAGACCAUAGAGCUGGUGGUAAAAAGCAAAAUUGAUGACGUCAGUUACACUAAAUUAAAGAGCAUCAUAUCACUAGCUUCAGAUGAGAUGACCAGGUCUAAGGAAGUUGCUGCUGAUUGGCAACAAGCAGCCAGUAAUAUUUUGGUUGCUGUAGGAAACAAAUACAUCAAUGACAUCAUGGAGGAGAUCCUCAGCAAGUUCCAGCCAGGGGUUCUACCUCACUUCUUUGUGGUCCAAACAUUAGCCAGUCUCUCAGACUCCAAUGUCUAUGGCAUGGUGCCAUUCCUCAGUGCAAUCUUGGGUACCAUGUUGCCAAUGUUGGGCAUGGCUAAGCAGGACAACAUGAAGUGGGUCUUCUCCUCUGCUCUUUACCGCUUUAGCGAGAGCAUUUUAGAGUACCUGGCCAACUUGGACAAAGCCCCAGACCCCACUGUGCGCAAGGACACGUUCUCCAGUGAAAUCUUCGCUGCCUAUGACAUGCUUUUCAACAGCUGGCUACAGACCAGAGAACCCAAGUUGCGUCUGACUGUAGCAGAGGCUCUGGGGUCAAUGAGUCACCUGAUGGCUCAUGAUAAGCUGGAGGAACAACUCCCUAAACUCAUCCCCACAAUCCUCAGCCUGUACAAGAAAAACCCUGAACACUACAUAAUCAGCAAGAGCCUUUGUCAGGUGCUGGAUGCUUCUGUGAAUAUGGGCAGCAGAGUGCUUGAGACUCAGAUGGACAGCCUUCUCUCUGCUCUGCACCAACAGGUUUGUUCUCCUGUGGACUUCAACAACCCCCCAACUGUGAAAAAUCACAACGAAGUACUUCGAUGCUUCACCAUCCUUGCCAACACGUUCCCAGACCGGCUGAUGGUGUUUGUCCUGCAGAGGCUGGAAAACAGUAAUGAGAGAAACAGAAUGGGCUCCUUAGCUGUGCUCAGACACCUCAUUAACUCUACAACUUCCAUAAUGGAAACCAAGAAGCUUCUGAUCCUUGCCAGCAUAAGACAGCCUCUAGCAGACCACAGCAAUAAGGUAAAGAAGAGGGUUGUACAGGUGAUCAGUGCAAUGGCUCAUCAUGGCUAUCUGGAGCUGGAGGGUGGAGACCUGCUUGUGCGCUUCAUCAUUCAACAUUGUGCUCUGCCUGACGUUUACCAUAGGGGGCAGCGUCCCUCAGACCCAGAGGAGGUGACCAAUGAGGCACUGAGGAGCAUGUGUGACAACACACUUCACCUCUUCACCACGACUGUGGGCCGCCUGACUGACGUGCUGUGGCCAAUGCUGCUGUGCUAUCUAACCCCAGCUCAGUACUCCAACGCCACUGCUCCACUCUGCAAGAGCCUUAUCCUGCUGGCCAAUAAGAAGCGAGCAGCCCAGGAGUCCAAUAUCAUCAUUGACUUCACCGCACCAGGUUCCAAACUUCCCUCGCAGUAUAUACUAAUGACGAGGCUUUUGGUGAAUGCUGCCUUUCCGUUCCGGUGUCGAGGUCACGGUGCUCCAUCUCUGAGUCUACUGCACGCCAUCAGUCCUAACAUCCACCACAAAGCAGAAGCACUAUGGAACACAGAAAUCCCCCAACUUCUUAGCCAUCUGGAAGAAUCCACACAGGAAACUCUGGAUAGAAAGAAGUGGGAAGAUAGCCUCCUUCAGUUCCUAUCCAAAACUCUGGUAACCAUUGAUGAUGGCCAGUGGAGCUGUCAGUUGGCGGUUGAGGCAACCUGUUAUCUUUCUACCUACAACAACUCUCUGGAGGAAAAGAGCUUCCUGUAUAAGUGCAUUGGUGUGACUCUGCAGCAGUGCACCAAUAAGGAGCUGGUGAGAAAACAACUUCAAGAGAUCCUGAUCAGCGCCCGCCAUAACGACGCCACGGAGAGAGCGGGAGUAGCGAUGGGUAUUGGGCUGUGUGCCAGCAGUCAUCUGGAUGGCACUCUGGCCAAGCUGGACGAGUUUGGGAAAUCUGAUGCCUUCAAGAAAGCCUCGGGGAUCUUUAGUCUGCUCAAAGAUAAGAACGAUGUGGAUGUGGAGAAGAUGAAGAGCACUUUAAUUUUGUGUUACGGUUAUGUGGCAUUGCACGCCCCAGAAGAACAGCUUCUUGCUCGACUUGACAAUGACAUACUGCGCAACAUCAGCAAACACUUCAACACCAAGGUUCUGGGAAUUAAAGUAGAGACCAAGGACCUGACAAUGAAGCUGAGUCUAAUUCAAAGUGUUGGACUCAUCGCUAAGGCCAUUAAUACCUGUGUUCGCAAACAAGGCUACUUGUUCAGCCGCAAACAGGAGCUCAUGGGAGUAAUGAUGGAUUUCAUUAAGGUGGAGCCGGCUGAUGCUCUGCGCACUCCUGUGCGCCAGCUUGUUAUGACCACUUGUGCCAACCUCAUUAAUCUGGAUCCGCCACUGACAGAAAACGAAAACUUUGACAUGCUAAAAACAUGUAUAAAUGGGGUAUAUGGACUUCCCACUUUAGAAGCAGUAGAAAAAGCCAAGGACGAAGAGGCUCUGGACCCCCAGCAAAGAGAGACCUUGUAUACAGAUACCUUCAGUGCUCUUCAUGAACUGCUCCACAAUGUGCUAGCCAGAGAUUUAAGUCCGGACGGCCUUCAGGCUGUGUUCAAGCAUAUAGAGAGCUGGUUGAGCUCCCGGCAGGACCACGAGCGAGAGAGAGCAGUGAGAACCACAGCCGAGAUUCUGCAGUUUUACCUGAAUAGUCUUAAUGUGAAGAACUUGGUGACGUUCCAUAACCUUGGAGCCCUUUUGGGGCGCCUGGUGCCACGAUGUGCGGACCCCAAUCCUGGCAUACGCAGAGCGGCCAUAGACUGUAUCUACGCACUCUUACACAUUCAGCUGCGUUAUGAAGGCUUUUCACUGGACUACAGAGAUGACUCAGUUGAGGGUUUGUUAACUGUGAGAGAAAAACUGAACGACCCUGACCAUUCCAUCCUCUACAGAUCCUGCUCUGAUCUCGCUAAGAUCAUCAGUAAGCGUUUGCCUCAGCAGCAGCUGAACACGUUGAUCUUCAUGCUUUUUGAAGGUCUAAUAGACUACCAGUCCAACUGCUCCAGAGCCUCCAGUGUCAUUCUCAACACGCUGCUCAAAAACAGAGGAGCUGGACUGCAAGACCUGGUACCAGAGAUGUUGGAGGUGUUACACAAUCGGCUUCAGGUUAUUGCUGAAGAGCAGGUGAAAGUUGCAGUUGCGCAGUCCAUCCUCAUCCUUGCCACACAGCACCUUCAGGCUGUUAUCAACACCCUCAUUUCCUAUCCUCUCCCUUUUGACAGUUGGAGCUGUGAGAUGUGGAUUGCUCUGGGGGCAGACAGCACUGUGGCUCGUCAGAUCAUGGAGAUGAUUAUCGAGAAGCUGAACAUCAUGGUGCCGUUUGUGGACAAGAAAGAGUCCAUGCUGAAACCAGGCAUGACCAAAGUGGCCACCAGUCAGCCUCUAGCGAUGACGUGUGCUUUGCGUGAGAUGAUGCUGAACGGGCACACUGAAGAAGCUGUAGUGGCCCUGUUCCCGCAGCUUUUCAGUGCUCUACUGGUGCGUAUGGGCUCCAGCGUUGGGGUGCAGCUCCCCAAAGACAUCAACAGCAACAGCAUUGGAGCAGAGCGCAAAGCUAGCGGCAAAGCCACUGCAGCCAACUUCGAUGUCUGUGGUGUGGCAGUUGAAGCCUUGCGCAUCCUGUUGGCUCGAGCUCAUCUGGAUGCUGUAGUGAAGGCGUUAGACCAGGAUGCAGCAUGGGACAAGAUGAAGGACUCUCAGCAGCACACUGCAGGGGUCACUCUUCUCUCAAGAGCGAUGGCGAAGCUCGCGGGUCCUCGUCUUCCAGCUAUAGUGGAGAGCCUGUGUCCGUCCCUCAACAACAUCUAUGAGUGCCAGAGAAUCACAGUCACAGCUUUCUUCUCUGAGCUGCUGAACCACCAUGUGGUGACGGAAUUGAUGAUGAUGGAUGUGCUGAUGAACAACAUGAUGGAGAGGAUUUCUGACCCCUGUUGCACUGUCCGCAUGCUGGCCAUCAGAGGCCUAGGGAAUGUUGCUGUUGGCUCACCCGAAAAGGUGAAUAAGUAUGCUAAGGAGCUGUUGGCAGCGAUGAGUUCAGGGAUGGAGGAGAAGGACGACCCAGGUAAACUCAUCACUCUGGAGGCCAUGUCUGGCCUGUCCAAAGUACUGCUCUACCUGGACCAGAAGAAUGUGCACCUGCUGGUCGUUUACAUCUUCAUGAAGAUUAAACCUUUCCUGGAGAAUGAGAAUGAUGAGAUCCGCUGUGCCUCCAUCAUGCUCUUGGGAAACCUGUCGAAAUUUGGCUGUGGGGAACCUGUUUUUAAAGACCAGAUUCACAAUGUGCUGGUCAGUCUUCUACUGCACCUUAGUGACCCAAACGCACAAGUGGUCAAGGCGUGCAAGUAUGCAAUGCGUGUGUGUGCUCCAGUGGUGGGUUCUGAACAGAUCACUGCCAUGUUUCAGAAUCAUCUGCACGAGGAGAAGAGUCUGCACUAUGGCGAAUUCGUUAACGACCUCAUCAAAUACAUAAUCCAAGACUUCCCGGGAAUGCUCAAUUUCUACCACGUCACAGUUGUCCAGUUCUUCAAGAGCAACUGGGCAGAGAUUCGGGCAAGUGCUGCUAUGUUCAUAGGGUUUCUACUGGGAAACUUGCCUGAGGAGUAUUUCUCCCAUAUGAACAUGGGAACAGUAACUAAGGGUCUAGUCAUGCUACUGCAGGAUCCAGAUCCUUUGGUCCGGGCGAAAGCAGCAGAAGCCAUGGGCCAGUUCCACUGAACUCUCACUUCCCUGCAUUUAGCCCUUUAUUUUUGAUUGGAGAGGGAGAUAAAAACCUCGGCAUUGUACUUGAAUUAGCCUUUAAAGAAUUUUAGUGACCAAAGACUGUGCACUAACUCUAUGAAAAACAAGAAAACAGAGAAAAGCUCUGUAGUGUUGGUCAAUCCAGAGCUUUGGAGCUUUUUAGGAGUUGUGUAAUUGUGUAUUGUGUCCCUGUUCAUAUUUAAUAGACUGUAGUAUGUAGUGGGCAGCAAAGUUUUUAAACUACAAGAAACCCUUUAAAUUGUGGGCUUCUAAAAAUAAUACAUGAACCAGUCUUUUUUGGAGGUGUUCAUCUUAGUCCACCCUCGUCUUUAUGUAUAAUUACUGUAGACUGAGCCUACAGAAUACAGUCAGAGCUGAUCAGAGCAUGGUUUUAUCAGCUGCUCAGUUGGCCUAAUACAUUUUUAGGAUGAAAGUUCUAUUCUCAGUUUGACAUGGCUACCUUAAUUGGUAGACUAAUAUAUGUCCUACUGAUCUUGACUGAAAAGAAUAGCAAUAAGUAUAGGAAGGGUGCCACUGGCUUCCCCUCUCUGUCUCAUCUAAAGUUAGAAAUAGUGAAGACAGCAAGCAAGCUAGCCAGACUUUUGUAGCAUAAUGCUGUUGAGGUGACCCAUCAUGAUAAAUUCACUUUCUGAGGUGACCAAAAGUAUGUUGGGCUUCCUUUAGACCCCACGUAGAACAAACCUGGCAUAAGGAUGCCAUAAUCAGUGCCAAAAUCAUAGACUUAUGUAAGAAAAACUGUGGUAAACAGAGGACACAGUGAUUCAUACUCCUUUGUGCUGCACUUGUGAGUUUCAGCGACUUCUGGUGGAAUUUCAGUAGCACUUUCUGUUCGUUGUGCUUCCUUGUUAACCAUAUUCCAAAACCAAAAGUCAGGAACAUAUGGACAUUGGACUCAUUAGGGUUGGAACUAAACUUUGGAUAGAUGUCCAGAAGCAGCUUCAGCAGGUGUUUAGGCUAUAGUGAAACUCAUCCUAAAUCAGUAUUCCUAAUAAACAAUUAGAUGUUUAAUGAAUAGGGUUCUUACGUCUAGGUUACAGUGCACUGUACAGUGCAGCACAUUGUGUUGGGGCAUCGCAAUGCUACAGUUUUAUCAUGAUUCUUUCUGUUUUUGUCAUGUUCUUUAUUACUCCAGGUAGGUUUUCAUUCCAACCAGUUACAACUGAAAAUGUCUGUGGUAGAAGUUAAAGUAUGUUAUGUAGCCAACAAAUAAAUCAAAGCUAAAUUCAGAUAACGGGCUUUGUUGCUCAGAUUGAUGUUUGUACCUGGACGUCUAGUUGGCCAGAUUGGUUCAGUCUGGUUGUGGAUCUCAGGUUUAAGCAAGCUGCUUUAGAGAUCUUCAUGAGAUCAAAUCUCCAUGUUUCUUUUUCCAUUCUUUUUUUUUUGUUUUGUUUUUUUUUUUUGUAACAGGGAAUUUUCAUGUAAUGAGGGCUGGGAAAUCUAAAGUGACAAUUGCAAAAAUCAUUUUAUUUUAAAACUUAUUGAUGAAACUUGUUGCACACUACAUACCCAGCACUGAUAUAUUCAUUUCAAAAGUCAGCUGGAAUUCCCAUUGAUGUAAAAGGUUUAUUUUCUGUGCAUCCUCUUUUUCAGUCUUGUGUGCUAACAAGCAUUCUUUGUUAGCAUUUCAUGCUAAUGUGCCCAGCAGGGCUAUGUUACAAUAAAAAUAGAUUACAGUGAAGUUC